CCACAGAGCCUUCUCCAGCCCCACCUCCUGUUCCCUGGCCUGGGCCAAGUCCUCUAGCAGGUUCCAGAUGUCUGGUUCCAGAUGGCUGGUCCCAGAGUUGGGGAGCUAUCUCUGGAAAAGCCCUCCCUCCACAAGCUGCCCAGGCAAGAUAUCUCAGCUAGUAGGAUAGAUCUGAGCCAGCUCUGUGGUAAGCAGGGCUCCUCUCUGGGCAGCCCCCCUGGUCAGGGGGAGUUUGUGUCCUCAGGGAGGAGAUUUCGGCUGACCUUCCGUGCACACACUUCCUCCAAAGAUAAGACCACCCAUCUCCACAAAGGCUUUCUGGCCCUCUUCCAAGCUGUGGUUGUGAGCUGCAGUCAGCCCAUCAACCAGGCCAGUGGAGGCUCUGAACCCAUCAUUGUACCGGGAGCCAACUCCUCCAAGAUCCAUAGACACUGCCAGGAACCCUAUUAUCAGGCAGUGCCAGCGGGGACACUCAGCUGCCCAUCCUGGGGGACCUGGAAGGACAGACAGGAUGGGGUGGAGAUUCCUCAGUGUGUACCUGUCUGUGGACAGCCAGUCACCCCCAUUGCCCAGAACCCAAAGAUCCUGGGUUCUUCCAAAGCUAAACUGGGCAACUUCCCCUGGCAAGCCUUCACCAGCAUCUAUGGACGUGGGGGCGGGGCCCUACUGGGCGACAGAUGGAUCCUCACUGCUGCCCACACCAUCCAGCCUAAGGACAGCAUCUGCCUCAGGAAGAACCGGAGCGUGAAUGUGUUCCUGGGCCACACAGACAUAGCUGAGAUGCUGAAAGUGGGAAACUACCCUGUCCGCCGGGUCUUUGUGCACCCAGACUACCAUCAGAACGAGUCCCACAACUUCAAUGGGGACAUCGCCCUCCUGGAGCUCCAGCACAGCGUCCCCCUGGGCCCCAACCUCCUCCCAGUCUGUCUGCCUGACAACGAGAGCCUCUACCUUGAUGGCCUGUGGGGCUAUGUCAGUGGGUUUGGUGUGGAGAUGGGCUGGUUAACUGAGGAACUGAAAUACUCACGGCUGCCUGUAGCUCCAAGGGAGGCCUGUGAGGCCUGGCUCCGGGAGAGGCAUCGAACUGAGGUGUUCUCUGACAACAUGUUCUGUGUUGGGGAUAAGAUGCAGAUGAACAGUGUCUGCCAGGGGGACAGUGGUAGUGUCUAUGUGGUGUGGGAUGAUCGCACCCAUCGCUGGGUGGCCACAGGCAUCGUAUCCUGGGGCAUUGGGUGUGGCAAGGGGUACGGCUUCUACACCAAAGUACUCAACUACGUGGACUGGAUCAAAGGAGUAAUGGACAGCAAGGACUGACCCUGGAACAAUUGAGCAGUGACCAGUCUACACUGUGGAGGUUUCAGUCAAGAGAGGGUUGGGGGGCUGGGGAUGUGGCUCAAGCGGUAGCGCGCUGGCCUGGCAUGCGUGAGGCCCGGGUUCGAUCCUCA